AUGCCUUCCACACCCCAGGACGACCGCAGCGCACCCAUAGCCACUCCGCGCACGGUCUCGCAGGCCCUGCUCGCCAGUCAUGAAUACCGCCGCUGGUGCAAGCGCUACCGCACCGAGAUUGCCGCAAGCACCAGCAGUCUGCUUUCCACCGUCACGGCUUAUCCUCUCGACUCUGUGAAGACGCGCAUGCAAACGUAUAGCAACAGGUUCACUGGUGUCGUCGACUGCGUCCAGCAAACCUAUAGGACCGAGGGCACCAAGGGCUUCUGGCGCGGCGUACUGUCCCCGCUGGCGAGCAUCACUCUGGUCCGCACCGUCUCGUUCUCCGUCUACCAACGCGCUAAGUACACGUACGACACAUGGAUGACCCACGCAACGGGAAACUCUCCUCUGGAGAUCGCGAACACGAGGGGGGCGCGGCCCAAUCUCAAUACCAUGUCGUGUUUCUUCACGGCAGGAGCUACAGCGGGCGCAGUCAUAACCUUCAUUGCUUGCCCCUUCGAAUUGACCAAGAUGAGCGCUCAGAUCUCCGUUCUCGCUCAAUCUAAGGAGAGUGGCGCAAAGCCCAAUCCUAUCGUCCAGAGUUACGCCGAGCUUGGCACCUUUCGUACCGCGCAGAUGGUCGUCAAGCACAGGGGUCUUGGAGGCCUUUACGCCGGAGUCCAUUAUCAUUUGCUCCGCGACACCAUCGGUACCGGCAUCUACUUCAUGACCUACGAGAGCUCCAAGCAGCUGCUCGCCAACGCUCGUGGAAACUCUCCAACCUCUCCCCUCGCCGUCGUUGUCGCUGGAGGCCUUUGCGGUCUCGUCAGCUGGGCUUGCAUUUACCCCAUUGACACGGCGAAGAGUAUCUACCAGCGCAACUGCUUCACUCAGCAUAAGGAUCGCACCCAGAAGCAAAAGAUCCAGUUCUUUAAUCCCCGCAUGUACAAGGGCCUCGGAGUUUCCAUGAGCCGUUCCUGCGUCGUCAAUGCCAUCUUCUUUUCGGCAUUCGAGCUCAUCAAGAAGCGCAUCAACCGCUUGGACUACGAUGAGGAGCUUCUCCGCGCCCACGGAAAGUAG